CAACACCAUUCCUAUCAUCCUGUGCGGAGUCUAGAUCGGUUGUAUGUGCUCUUUCUUCCAUCGGACCUGGGGCAGGAACACCUCCGCGCCGAGAAAGUGUGAACGAUCACCCCCAAAUCAGGGGAUCUCUUGUUGACUUUGGUAUCGCCCCUGAACGCGCGACGCGAACUCGUUCGCCGCCACGGUUCGAUCUUCACCAUGGGCUGUUAUGGAGACCCCAUCGAAUGCUCCUACUAUGACGAAUAUAGCUGCAAUCGGUGUAACAGAGAAUUCAGAAGUGAAAAUGCCGCGCGGCAACAUGUGCAGAAUUCUCCGAGACACCACCCUUGCGAUGUCGGUAGUUGCAACUACGAUGCAGAUGGCCGAGAGGAUCUUCUAGAUCACUGGAGGCAAGAAGAAUGUCGCAUUGUGUGUGAAGGUUGCCAAAAGGGCAUAAUGCCACACUACUUCGAUCAGCAUUUAGCAGACGAAUACGUCUGUGGUACAUGCGAUAGACAUCAUAACAGCUAUAGUAACCUCGAGCAUCAUAAGCUUGUUCAUCUGCCGCUCACUCUGGAGUGCUGGGGCUGCGAGCGGAAGUUCGCAACUAUACCAGCGAUGAUGAUCCACCUCGAAAGCGGAUCGUGCACCUCAGGAAUCGAUGAAAUCGAUUUGAAUCAAUCGGCUGCGAUGUGCUUUCAGUGGAAACACUUUGUUCGCGAAGAUCUGCGCGACGACCUUCUUCACCGGGUUGACCUCGAUCAGGAGUAUCAAUUGUCCUAUCCUUUCGAGUGUCCUGGAUGUCACACAGGUUUCCGCUAUAUCAGUGGGCUGUUCAUGCACGUCGCAAGCCCCUCCUGCAAUGAAACGCUGGAUGAUUUUGCGAUGGCGAAGCUUAUCCGUUGGCUGAAGAAUAGGCAUGCUUAGAAUUCAGAAGAUCGGCGGAUUGCCUGGAGAUCAAAAAGCGUGCAAGAGAGGGAAUGUGAGUUAAAGCUUGAGUAUGGUUGAGCCAGCUCUGUAUCUAGUAUAUGCGAGGUUCUGUGUAAACAUUUCAUUAAAGGAGGGAUCAACCCAAGACGGACAGAAGACUUGUAUGAUGCAGUCGAUCUUUAAGCUAAGUUACCGUGAGGUAGGGUUGUAAGUUUCAAACGCCCUCACACUCAACUAUGGAUUACCUUUCCCAGACUCCUAUGCUCGCUUUACGUCUCUCAACCCGAUAACCCCGAUCCGGAGGAGAUCCGGAUUCUCCUCGAGAGCUACACGGUCGUUCUGAGCUA